UCAAGAACAUGCUGUACGAUGCCCAGAGAGCAGCCCCAGAAGCAGAUAUAUCGGGGGAGGCUCAGGUGGAUCGUCACUUUGUCCAGUUUGAAGAGAAGUACUUUCAAUUCUGUGAGAAGGAGCUCUCUAAAAUCAAUACUUUUUUCUCAGAAAAAGCAGCUGAGGCAUCGCGCAACUUUGCCCAACUAUGCGACGAGCUCCGCCAGGUGGACAGCAAACCCAGUGCCAAGGAUCUCCGACGGGCCUCCCUCCGACGGCGGAGCUCCUUCUUCAUCCCUGAGCAACUGGACAGUGAAACCAGGGUCAUCAAGUCCCAUAAGCGUAAGAUAACAGAUCUGAAGCUGGCUUUCACAGAGUUCUACCUUAGCCUCAUACUCCUACAGAACUACCAGGAACUCAACUUCACAGGUUUCCGUAAGAUCCUCAAGAAACAUGACAAGAUGCUCAAAAACAAGAGUGGUGAGAACUUCCACCUCAACAGAGUACAACACUCACCAUUCCACACUGCCAAACAAAUCAAUAAUAUCAUCUAUGAAACAGAGACGUUAUACAUCAAUGAACUUGAGGCAGGUAACAGACAGAAGGCUAUGAGCAAAUUAAGGGUGCCACCACUCGGAGCAAAGAAUAUAAAUUGGACCACUUUCAGAGUUGGUUUGUUCCUGGGUAUCUUCACUGUUCUGUGCUUUGUUGCUGCUGUUGCAGGCCUCCUCAUUGAGAGCAAAGUCGACAACAUGCCGGCGGUCAGGAUGUACCGUGGAAUGUUCCUCAUUAUCCUCAUGAUCUUCCUUCUCGGUAUCAACACUUACGGCUGGAGGAAGGUCGGGGUCAACCAUGUGCUCAUCUUCGAGUUGGACCCUCGGAAUAAUCUCUCUCAUGAGCAGCUCUUAGAGGUUGCUCUUCUAUUCCUGGUGUUUUGGAUCAUCAGUAUCUUAGCAUUCAUCUGCUGCGGCAUGACCAGCAUCCCUCCAUACAUCAACCCACUCAUCCUGGCAGGUUCCAUGCUACUAUUUCUUAUCAACCCCACCAGGACGCUCAACUACAGGGCACGGUUUUGGCUCCUUAGAAUUCUAGGUCAUAUAGCAAUAGCUCCAUUCCAUGCUGUAGGCUUUGCAGACUUCUGGCUAGCCGAUCAGCUUAAUAGUCUCACGUGUGUGCUUUUAGACAUGGAGUUUCUUAUAUGUUACUAUUCUUGUGAAGUCAGCUGGGUUGGUGAUGGGCAAUGUAAAUUAUCCUGUUUAUCUUCCUACUCUCACGCAAUACGGGCAGUAGUGGCGUGCCUUCCUGCGUGGUUCCGGUUCGCGCAGUGUUUACGCCGUUACCGUGACUCCAAGAAAGCAUUCCCCCACCUCGUCAACGCAGGGAAAUAUUCAACCACAUUUUUCGUGGUCCUCUUCUCAGCGCUAGUGCAUAUAAGACGGGAUCAAGAACUACAUGAGCAUUUUUACCAGGAUCCAUUAUACUGUUUAUGGAUCUUCAGUGCUUUCUGUAGCUCCUGUUACACCCUUACGUGGGAUAUCAAAAUGGACUGGGGGCUCUUAGAGAAGAAAUCCUACAAUAAAUUACUUAGGGAUGAAAUUGUUUAUCCAGAAAAGGUGUAUUAUUUUGCAAUGGUAGAAGACUUGGUGCUUCGCUUCAUCUGGUCUGUCAAUAAUACGAUGGGUCAGAUGGACAUCGGCCGAGGUCGUAAUGGACUCAUCAUUUCCACCAUUUUAUGUUUCUUAGAAGUUAUAAGGAGAUUUAUAUGGAACUUCUUCCGGUUGGAAAACGAGCAUCUCAACAACUGUGGUCAGUUCAGAGCAGUUCGGGAUAUCUCAAUCAAACCAGCGAAGGAAGAUGAGAACAACCCCAUGAAGGUUGAGGAGAUGAUGGAUAAUGAAGAAUUUGUGCCUCUAUGCAAACACAAACCUCCCAGCGAGGUACGCAGGAGAAUAAGUGUAAGAAGUUGUGACGGAGUGGAGAACAAUCACGUCGGUCUUUCAGUGCCCCUCCUUUCAUCCAGUCCCGAGUGCAUUCCAAAGCGGCCCUCUGUUGUUCGUUUCCAGAUAGGUGACAACGACAGCCGAGCAUCGAAGACCAGUAUAGCCCAGGUUGGUUUGUACGAAGAGGGCAGUAAUGAUGACGAUGAUGAAAAUAGCAGUGAGAAUACUAACCACAGGGAUAUGCUUGUAUGAUUUGCUUUGCUGAAUUUAGGAUUUAUGUGACAUGUUUUGGGAUUUUAUGCUUUAUGUGGCAAGCUGACUCUCACUCUAUCAAAUUUACUUUAUCUUUGCUCACUUCAGCAUUUUUAUGACCAUAUUUUGGGAGAGCAUGAUGGAAAAGCUUGGUAGUACAAGGUAUGUAUUUGCCAAAUGAAUACCCAUAGACCCCAUUUAAAUCUUUGUGAAUUCACCUGGGUGACAACUGUUUGGAACCCGGCAAAUUCACGCUGAUAUUCAUCAAUAGAACUAAGUAGUCUUUACACGGCCACAUAUUUUGCCCUGAAGGACCAAUUCCCACCACAUUUGGGAUGUUUUUCAUCAUGCUCUGCUGAGAUAUGGUGUCAAAAUGCUGAAAUGCAAAACAAGACCUGUGACAUCAUAAAAUUGGUACUCUAUUACUACUUGGGAUGUGUUGGGACCGGUAUCAUAGCAAAAAUGAUGGAGACCAAUUCUAUCCAUAAGGUCCAUCUACUCAAUAUAAUGAAUAAAAAAACGUUACCCCAGGCCUAACCAAGUACAAGUCUUCGACCAAACACACUCUUAUACCUUAACCUCACCCAUAACUUGAAUUUUUAAAAUCAGAUAUGUAAUCCAAUACUUUUGAUAAAGCAAUCAUUACUGGUGAAAAUACCUUAUUACAAACACUACACACUGGAUAACACUCACUCAUUCUUUUUUAACGGCAGCUUUAAUAAGGCUGGAAACAGUACCCUCAGGUUAUUGAAUCACUUUCGUAAUUGAUAUUGUGCAAUGUGAGAUCAUGGGGAUGAAGGUGGGCAUGGAGUUGGUAAGGAAGGUCCAAUGAGUCAUAUUAUGUGUCAUAUUCUAUGCAAUAGUUGAUUUAAGGAUAUCCCACAGGGAUGCUUAGGUACACCUUAGCUGCUCAACAGGAACUGAAUAUUAUGCAUUCAUGCUGUAAACUACUUUGAGCUCUUUUAUUGACUUGUUCAGGGUUAAAGCUUAGUAAGGAUGUGAAUUGGGAAGAGAACGGUUGGGGUUUUUAAUGAAAGAAAGAACCAUAAUUCAAAGAGUAAAUUAACCAUGUUGCUAUGUCAGUAUUUCCUUUAAGGCAUAUGAUAACCCCUUGACUAGGAUUUUUAAUAAAUGUAUUCAUGAUUAAGUGUUGAAACAACACAUAAACCAUAAAACCUGGUUUGCAUGUAUACCUCAUAAUGCGUUAUCAACCAAUUGGCUCUGAUAAGCAAAGGUGCAAAUAAGCAUCCCUGUGGGACAUCAAUGAGUAUACAUCCUUCUCAGUGAGAAGCUCAGAUGAGCAAGUGCAAACUGCCUUGUUGGGAUUGGAACAUUUAAUGCAAUGAUAUUUUAGAUCCUAUGGAUUAGGGUAAAGCACAGUUCAAUUGAUGAUGUCGGUGAUGUUGUAAGUUUCUCAUCAUCACUGAUGAUUGAGUGAAGCAUUAAUCAGUUAGAUAAUGAUUUGGAUAAACCUUCCAGAACAAGUGUUUCAAAAAGUUGGUAAUAAUCAGUUCCACUUUUUAUAAAUAGAGGGUUCCCAGAUGACCUCAUGAUGGUUUAAAAUGAAGGAAUAUAACAUUGACUCCUGUGUAUUAAACCAUUUAAAUGAUGAUUUUAUCACAGUUUUAAUGCACAGGUGUAAUUGUUUGUCCUCUAACAUGGCUGCUUUUGGGAGCCUGGGCCCCGUCUUACAAAGAGUAAUGAUUUAUCUGAUCAUCCUCAAGUAUAUGGAAAUCCAUCAAUGUCAUAAUUUUUCCUCAGGAAGUUUGCACAAUGUCCUUUGAAAACAAAGAGAAGCAUAUUGAAUUGCCCCCAAAACUGAUUGUAUGAAUUUACAUGAUGUCUAGGAAAUAUUUUGAACAAACAUGUAUUUUGGAUGUUGACGUUGCUGGCUUUCUAUAGUCGUGGUUGAUUGGAUCAAUCAUAACUCUUCGUAAGACGGGGCCCCCAAAACAAUGUACGUAAAAAAAUGUAAAGAAAUGCCAAAUUGAAAUAAGCAUUUUGCUGAGAUUUUUUCAGCCUCUGAAUGAAAAUUGCAUAUUUGCACCAUGAUCAGAGGUGAAUAUUUUAAGAUAUAGGGACCUGUUAAUGGGUAACAUUAUUUCUAAACUAAAUGUUGGGUACGAAGUCAUGAAAGCGAGGUUCUAAUAGUCUUGAGUCUUGACCGAGAAGUAUGUAAAGAUUUUUGUUGUCCGUGAAUUUUAUCAGAAUUAUUUCUAGUAGCCACAACUGUGUGAAAUAUCCUAUGUUCAUAAUUUUAUAACUGUAAAAUCUGUAAAUAGAAUUUUCAAAUGGUGCUCAAGUUAUAGAAUAAGAAAAAGAUUGAAAUGUUUUAAGCAAAUUUAAACAGCAAACACUAUCCGUAAUGGUGAAUGGGUAUUUUAUGUUAAUUGUGUGAUUUUUCUGUGUUUUUGUGAAGUUGUGUGUGAUUAUUAUUAGGCAGCUUCAGUUGAUAAUUUUCCAAGGAAUAUUGUCAAAGCAAAUGUGCCUGUUCUUCCAUGUUGUAAUGUAUGUAAUGGUUGAUGAAACAUAAAUAUAAAGACAAAUUUUUUUGAUAUAAUUACAGUUGUAUUUAAUAUUUAGAGUGCCUGCCAGAUCCAAGAAAUUUAUGAAAAAAGUUGUAAGCUCCCUGUGAGUUGCAGAGCUAUUAACAAUGCCACCAGCUUCACAAAGUUACCCUUUUUACCAGAAUUGUAACAAUUUUAUAUAUUUUUUAAUACCUCCUUACUGAAUGCACCGGGCGCCGGAAUCAACCAGCAGCUUAGUGUAAAGCCAGGUAAUUAUCUGUAUCGUAUGAAAAAUGGAUACAUAAAUCAAGCUGUUAUUUUAAUUAUUUAAGAUGUCCAUAAUGAUUUUGCUCAAUUUUCAUGAAUUUUUGGAAUGUAAUGGAGUUCCCUCAGAGAUUACAUCCCUGCGAUAAAAGAUUGUUUUUGUUUUUAAUGAACUAAAUCUGUUUCCUUAUUAUGCUCUGUGGCUCAGUCUGGCCUUAGUGUUCCAUAUUAUCUUGAAACAGCUACUGUGGUCCAGGGAAACCUAAAAACACCACAUGCACAUCUUGAGCUGCAUGACAAAUCAUCUUCACCACACCAAUAAUAGUAGAAAAAAGAAUAAUCCAUGAAAAUGUCAACUGUCAUAAUGCCCUUCCCAGAUUUUGAAUAUCAUAGACUUUUAAUUUAUAGUUUCAAGAAAGAAGAUUUUUAUAAAGCAAUUAUCUCAUAAUUUAUUUUUGCAACUUUUCUUGAGAAAUGGGUACCAGCAUAAUUACUGCCAAGUUAGAGAGUGUUAUAUGGAGUAGACUUUGAAAAUUUCCUUAUUGCAUGAACAGCCAUUUUAUGUAUAAAAAAAAAAAACAUGUAACUGAUUAUUUUCUUUUUCUGAAAAAAGGCCAGAUGUGUUUUGGCAUUUUGGCAGUGAAUUAUUUUUUUCAUAAUUACUGGUUCUCAAAAGCAUUAUGCAGUCAAGGGCACUGUAAUUCUUCAUGAUUAAUGAUAUUGCCUAAACAUCCCUCUGAUUUUGUUUCUUUGCUAGAUGGUCAAUAGAACAUUUGAAAAUGUUUCUUAGACAGUCACUACAAUAUUUGAAAAUGUUCCUUGUAGCUUAAUUAUGUUAUGGUAGACUGUAUGCAAUUCUUUUUUGUAAUUGCAUACCAGAGAAAAGUUAUAUCAUGGGAUGUAAACCUCAAUCAAAUUCCAGUGCAGCUUAUUUGUUUUGUUCAAAUAAUUAGUAACUUACAUGUAGAUAGCCUCUGUGUUUACUUGUUGCAAGCUAGCUACCUCAUUGUACAAAACGAGUUCCCCUCGUCCCCCCCCCCCCCUCUAACACACACAUACACAUGUGAAGCAUGUCUUUUAAGAUGUGUUAAAGUAACUUAAUAGUAAUGUUAACUUGAGUACCUCAACAGCACUAAACCAAUGUCCGUCUUUUUUCAGUGCAAAAUGUAUCUCCCUGCUGCAUAUGGUACAACUUUGCUUGUAGAACUGCAUCUAAAAAUGUUGUUAUAUUUUGCAUAAUUGCUGCUGGGAGAUAAUACUGAAUCUCAGUGGUAAAUGUUUGGGAGAGUGUUUCAUGGAGCUUCUUGUCUGUGAUUGUCACUGAUUAAUUUGUUCUUAGCCAAUCAAUGACACAGAUUUCAGUAGGUAAUAACAGUUGUCAGUGAAGAUCACUGACUUUAAUUUUUCAUGAAAUGCUCUCCUGGCUACAGUGACUCUGUCCAAUGGGAUAGUUUUUGUGUGACACAAUGAAGUGAAUUUAUGUUUUGAGAUAAAAAAAACUCUGAUUCAGACAGAAUAUUGCUUGAUACAUUGUCCAGUCAAAUGAAAAGAAAACAGCUCAUUUAGCUCUUUUCCAAAUCAAUUGAGAUACAUGUGCAAGUAACCGUUUUAGUAGCUCAAUACCUGGUGAGAAUCACCCCUGACCAACUUGUUUUAUGUGGAACUAAUACCACGUUGAUGUAAAAUCAGCCUAAUAUCAACUCCAUAAGGUCAACACCAAUCUUGAAGUAUCCUAAUGUAUUUUAUAUCCACUUAUUCAGAAUUACCAAAGAUUUUUUUAAUGUAAAACCACUUUGUAGGGCUAUGGGUGUUCACAGGGCUCCAUAACAUUUGCUCUGGCGACAAUUGCUCUGCUCUAAAUUCCACACACCAGUUGACUGACCAACUUCAAUUAGGGGUUUAGCACUAUACCCCAAACCUAGCAUAAAACCCUAUUGCAACCCCAAUCCUACUGUACAUCUUUGACAAAAUUAAGCCCAAAGCAGUUGUCGCAGGAGCAAAUGUCAUGUCACAGUUCACUCUUCCGUUAUACUGCUAUUGUGCACAUGUAUUACAUAAUAGGUUAGACUUGGAUCAUAUUCGAGUCAUUUUGGCCUGUUUUGAGUCACGGUAAGACUUUUUUAGCCCAUUUCAAAUUGGUUUUGAGUCCCUUUAGAUUCAGACUGAGAUUGCAUUAGUUUUUGAGUUAGUUCUGUAGUAAAGGUAAUGUACUGUUGUCUCUGCUUAAUUCAAAUUUUACACAAAUAAAAAUUCUGUCAGUUUAUUUCUCAAGUAUGACCAAACUCUAAAAUGUGUUUUUCUCUUUUUCCAAGUAAAAGUUUGCCUUUAGACUGACAAUUUUUGCAAUGUGUGAGACUCAAAUAAUGCAGAAUGAAACAAACGUAUAACUGCAUUGCAAUAUUUAUUUUGGUAUAGAUAAAGAAAUAAAACUUCCAACAUUCCAGCACAUGACAUGCAACUGUGUAAGAGGUAUUAUGUAACAUUGAAGAAUUUCUCCAUAUGCAUCAAUGUCAGGAAAAAUUAAUCAUACAGCAGUUUAUUUUCUCUAAUAAAUGAUUGAAGCUUAAAAUUUGUUGAUAUGAAUCACUUUUCUUGUUACAGAAUAUCAUCUGAUGAACUGCUUGUGUAGUGCAGCUUUUGUAAUUGUUGACUUCUAAAGAUUUUCAAUUUAAUUUGCCAAAAAAUACAGAACCUUUUACAUCAUUUAUUACACAGAAUUUUCUAUUGGUAUUUUGUUAUUUUCACAGCUUCCUGUAAAAUAUAUUUUUCUCCCUCAGUCUCCUAAUAAAAGAAGUGAUGUUGACUUUUUGAAUGAAAGAAAAUGGCAAAUUAAACUUCAAUUUGUUUGAUGUACACUGGCUGUAUUGAUUUUAUGUAC